ACGUACUUGGUACGAGUACUUCAAAUCAAUAUUGGUCAUAAAUUAAAAAAGGUGAUAGGCAAAAGCGCAAUCAGAAAAAAUCUGACCAAACAAAACGAUAAAAGAGUCAUCGAAACUAAACAGAAUGUGCACCGCAAGCACCAGAAAUACUAUGAUAGUCACCAGUACCACAAACAACAUAGAACGAAAAAUCAAGACUAAGAAAACCAGCAGCAAGAGCCGAAUCAUGCUUCCAGAAGACUUUACACCCGGGAGCAAAGACAUUCUAUGUGGAAGGGGGAACGUCUUUUCGAACCACGCAGGGAACCAGUACUUCGGGAAUACCAUCCGUGCCAGCCUCCGAGAAUAUAUGAACGCGUCGAAUCGACCCGAAAAGAUUAGGGUGGUGGACAGAAUCCUCCAGAACAUCCGGAUCUACGGUGCCCGUUUUGCUAAGAUCGACAACGACACAAAGCGCUGGUACGAACUGAAUGACGUCCAGGCCCACCAAAAAAUUGGACACGCCAUCCGCGACACAAUUCGAUUGAUCCAGAAAGGACAGGGAAAGAAGAACAUCAGGCCAUUCAGCGUUUCCGGUGUCGUAUCGAAUGAAACACGCAGGAAGCAGCGGGAACAAACACGAACGAAUACCAAACGAACCACCAAUAAGAAGGCCGUAUUCUUUCCUCUGCCAUCCGCAAGCAAUAAAAUUGACAGUCAUUACAGGCUAAGAACAGCCUCCGAAACACGUAAUGAUGCUAUGGAAGAUAUCCUCCGCCUCAGCCUCGACACAGUUGACUUUCUGGACGAAAGCCUCGGUACGGAAAUACAUCGCGACUUGCCAGCAUCGAUAACACCGCCUCAAUCGCCUUCCAUUACUAAAAAGAUUGCAUCAGUAACAUCAACGCUGGCACCAACAAAAUCGUAUCUUCUCCAUAAUGAAUACCCAGAGGAAAGCUUCAACUUUUCAGCAAGCACCUUUUUCGGAGAAAAUACCUUCGAACAUUACCCACGUAGCACCAGAAUAACACAAUAUUCAGAGUUUAUAUAGAUUAGCAAGCAAACUAUGUAUCACAACGGAUUAAAGUAUGAAACACAGAGUUUGCGCAUUACUUUGUGCUCGUCGACAACUUAUAUUUGCGAUCGCUUGAAAAUAAGAGUUUCUUUUCGGGCAUGCGCGAGGAAAAUUUGUAUCGUUACUUAAUACAAAAAGUAACACGUACAAAAAAAUCUUAAUAUUAUAUUUAACCUCGUGAACUAGAAGAGGCACUUGGGUGGCCAGAAACAUAGCUUUCCUUCAAAAGUUUGCUUCUUGCUGCUCUGAGGGGCGGCGCCUCCCUCCGAGGAGGUUUUGUGGAGGCGCGACCGGGAAAAAAGUAACACGUACAAUAUUCCAAGAAAGCGUUUUGGUGACUACGUACAUCGUGCAAUUACUGUAAAGGUCCCCAUCAGCAUUUCCUAGGUCAUCAAGUAGAAAUAAUUCUAUUUUUCAAUAGGUUGGCAUAAGUGAGUCAUCGCAAAUCACGGUCUAAUCAUGAGGAAAUAUAAUUCGAGUGAGGGGUGCAUCAUGAUGAUUGUGUCUCGCAUCGCGUCGUGUCGCAUCGAGUCCAUGAACGGAAAGAAAAUCUGAUGGCUGAGUUCAAGAAUCAGACUUCGCUCGUGUUCCUAAAACGAUCCGAACCAAAUCUUGGCAAUCUAAGCAAAUAUGCAGUCGGCUAGCUGUUUGCGUUGAUAAGCAAUAGGUUAGAAACGUCGUGUUUUUCGCCAACGAGUACGAAGUGGCACUGGUAGUAAUAGAUAUUCUAUCGAUAACAACGCCUGUACCAGUAUUUUCAGAAAGGUUUCGGAGCAAAAUUCAGUCGUGCCAAACGGGACAAAAAGCACUAACCCUUUUUCCUUUUUUACCAGAAGAGGAUUUUUGUUUCAUUUUAGAUUGAUUGAUUGAUUCUCCAUUCCCGCAUCCCGGAUACGAUUGACUCGCAACUGAAAUAGAAUGGAAAUGCGUUACAUAAGAAUACAUUAGAAGAUGUGAUCAGAGAUUCCUCUGAACAUCCCCUUACAGUACACGGUACCGUAGUAGACAAUUUCAUGAUGAUCGAAUGUUCUCCGUAGCGGGAAACAUUUCCUCUCUGUUCGUCAUCUGUUAGAUUUCAUUUAUGGUGAGAGUUUUUUGUUUAAGAAUUACUUCGACAAAAAGUGCGUAUGACACGAAACGUGUGUUGACCAGAUGGUGAAUGAAACAUAAGCACAACUUACAGUAUCAAUGUUCCCCGGCUACUGCGAUGACAACAUAAGUUUAAACUUACAGCAGCUUCACUGAAAAAAUACCGUCCGAAAAUAGCGAAAAACGAAGAUGUUGAGGUACAAUACUUCAGUGUUCAUUAUUUGGUAAACCAUUGCUCAUCCAUCACUCGCUAUACGAAAUGCAUUUGUUGGGUUCCGCGUCAAUGGAUUGACACGGACACAGGAGCGACCAUGAUCAACUAUUGUGUCUACGCAAUCGCUGUGGUUAUCCCCAUCUCCUACGUAGGUCACAUCUGCAUCAAGAUUUGGUGGCACGGCCACAUGCCGACAAUCGGGACGUGAUAGAUCAAAAAAGCUUUCGGGUGGAUCCAUUCGACUUGUGCUUCGAGCAACCUAAUGUUACCUUACCAAGGCAACUAGCUAGUUCGGUGCAUACAACGACUUGCGAUACCAGGAAACACAGCAAAGUCGGAGUAUCCUCCUGCGCCAUAAUACGAACAAAGAUACAUUCGACGAUUUUUGUCUCUCGCCCUUUGCGUCCGUGUCUCUCUAACCUCCAGUGGCCCAGAUCUAUAGCCGACCAUUGAACCAAAUGAUCAUGGUCUACAACAAAAUAAGCAGAAUCCAACAAAACAGAUAAAUACAGAAACGAAUUCACACUUCGUUCAUGUCUAUAGUCACUUUUUGAAAAAAAACUUACAUAUCUA